CUUUAUCAUGGCUCUACUUUGUUAACUUCAGAAAAUGCAUUCCCUUCUACCGCUAUAGAUAAUUUGUUACAUUUUUAUUUUCUAAUGUUAACCAAAAGUAAUAGGGACGAUUCGGAAUGAAUGGAACAUUCCAGAUAGAUAGUUGGUUCUUUCCAGCUCUGCUCCGCUCUGACUGUGGGAUGUGCUGAUAGCUUUGUGUACAGCUAUUUUUCUACACAUUUUACAUUUCUUCUAAGUUUUCCAGAUCUGACCAUCCUUCUCUCAGUCAUCAUUCAUCUGUUCAGCUGUCCAUCACCCAUCCCUCAAUCUACUUCUUUGGUAGAGGGGGAGCCACCAGACGGCAACAUGUCGAGUAAAAGGGCCAAGGGGAAGAACACCAAGAAGCGUCCCCAGCGGGCCACCUCCAAUGUGUUUGCCAUGUUUGAUCAGUCUCAGAUCCAGGAGUUCAAAGAGGCUUUUAACAUGAUCGACCAAAACAGAGACGGAUUUAUUGACAAAGAAGAUCUCCACGACAUGCUCGCCUCAUUAGGUAAAAAUCCUACUGAUGAGUACCUGGAGGCCAUGAUGAAUGAAGCCCCCGGCCCGAUUAACUUCACCAUGUUUCUGACCAUGUUUGGAGAAAAGCUGAACGGCACUGACCCAGAGGACGUGAUCCGCAACGCGUUCGCCUGCUUCGAUGAAGAGGGCACAGGUGUGAUCCAGGAGGAGUACCUGCGGGAGCUGCUCACCACCAUGGGCGACAGGUUCACCGACGAAGAAGUGGACGAGCUCUUCCGCGAGGCGCCGAUUGACAAGAAGGGCAACUUCAACUAUGUAGCUUUCACACGUAUUUUAAAACAUGGCGCCAAGGACAAGGACGAUUAGUGACGGGGGAUGUGCCCUGUUGAGGUUCAUGCUGUACUCCAUUUGCAUUUUGAAACGGGUUAAUAUUUUAUUUAGAUCAGCUAUAUCCUUAGUUUGGCUCAUGAAAAGUCUUCUCUGUGGUAUAGCCUGUUGAGGGUCAUUUGUUUAAGCUGCUUCCUGGACCUCUGGGUCCCCUUCUAAUCCUUAUUUCAGAGCUCAUUUUGCACAUCUUUGACAACAUUUCAGGGUCCAAUUAUGUAGGAAAGGACCCUCGCGGAGAAAGCUGGAAACAAACUGACACGAGGUGUUUACUUAAGACUAAAUAACUUGUGUUUUUCGUAGGAAUGUUUUGACAUUAAAUUGUGUUCUGGGACCAGUGACGGAAUCUCUGAUGAUUUUUCAAAACAUUUUAUUUCAAAACAAAGGCAGAUGCUUACAACUUGUCUUUCCAUUCUACAAAAGGAGACAAUAAAUUUGACCGGAACUGCAGGUGACUCGGGAUUUCUUUAUGUGGAAUAACAAUGCAUG